AGACGAGUCAAACUGGUCUGGUUUUGGUUUUUGUGUACCAAGUAAAUGCAACGGCUUGUUUGUGAACAGAUGAAUGUAAAUGACAACAUUCAAAACAUUUUUAGACAUGAGUGCAUCAUAUGGCUGCAGAUCUGUCAGCUGCGCCUUCAUACUGUGAAUUUCCUGUUCUGCUACAUGCCAAAGGUGCUCAGUUGAAUUUAGAACCAGUGACUGGAAAGAGGAAAAGACAUGGACUCCAAAAUUAGUGUUUCUGGGGAACAGGACAAAGAGAGAGACAAAAGUCUGAUCCAGGUUGAGAGAUCAGACUCACCUGAACCUAGUCAUGUGUCUAUGAAGAGUAGCAGGUCAAUGAACCCUCCAUGAAACAUCAGAGACAGUUCUACUGAUCUGAGUGCAUUUCCUAGUCUGAUGGAGGGUAAGAGAUCAGACUCGCCUGAACCCAGCCAUGUAUCUAUGAAGAGUAGCAGGUCAAUGAACCCUCCAUGGAACAUCAGAGACAGUUCUACUGAUCUGAGUGUGUUUCCUAGUCUGAUGGAGGGUAAGAGAUCAGACUCACCUGAACCUAGCCAUGUAUCUAUGAAGAGUAGUGGGUCAAUGAACCCUCCAUGGAACAUCGGAGACAGUUCUACUGAUCUGAGUGCAUUUCCUAGUCUGAUGGAGGGUAAGAGAUCAGACUCGCCUGAACCCAGCCAUGUAUCUAUGAAGAGUAGCAGGUCAAUGAACCCUCCAUGGAACAUCGGAGACAGUUCUACUGAUCUGAGUGUGUUUCCUAGUCUGAUGGAGGGUAAGAGAUCAGACUCACCUGAACCUAGCCAUGUAUCUAUGAAGAGUAGUGGGUCAAUGAACCCUCCAUGGAACACCAGAGUUAUAAACAGAGAAAGUUCUACUGAACUGAGGCUGUGUAAAUGUAAUCUCACCAAGGAAAGCUGUGGAAUUUUGUCCUCGGUUCUCAGCUCUAACUCCUCCACUCUGAAAGAUCUGAACUUAAGUGGCAAUGAACUGCAUGAUUCAGGAGUGGAGAUGCUGUCUGUGAGACUGAAGGAUCCACGCUGUAAACUGGAGAUACUCUGGCUGCGUGCAUGUAAUCUUGAAAAGGAGAGCUGUGCAGCUCUGUCCACAGUUCUCAGUUUGAAUUCUUCCAGUCUGAGAGAAUUGUAUCUGAGGGGCAAUAACCUGCAAGAUUCAGGAGUGAAGUUGCUUGCUGUGGGACUGCAGAAUCCACAUUGUAAACUGGAAAUACUGGGAUUGGCAGCAUGCAGUGUCAAAGAGGAAGGCAUUGGAACUCUGGUUUCAGCUCUGAGCUCGAACACCUCAUCACAGCUGAAGGAGCUGGAGCUGUACGGAAAUAAACCAGGAGACUCUGGAGUGAAUACAUUGAAGAAUCUACUGCGGGACCAAAAUUCUAAACUGAAAACUUUAGACAUCCAGAUUUAACCAUCCUGAUGUGGAAUAGAUCUCUUGAACAGGAUUAAGAAGACUUACAGUACAAAGAUGUUGUGAUUUUUUUAUAUAUAUGCCAUAAUGUAAAUGAAUAAGCAGAUUUGGCCCCAAAACAGACUCAAAAAACAGUUCUGAAAAUAGGAUAGUUUUAAUGUGUCUUUACAUAUCUUCAUACAAAAUAUAAAUUCUCAAUGAUAACAGGGAAAUGGUGCAGUGGUUAUCACUGUUGCCUCACAGCAAAGAGGUUCUGGGUUCAAGCCCAGCGGCCUACGAGGGCCUUCCUGUGUGGAAACUGCAUGUCUGCAUGGGUUUCCUCCGGGUGCUCCAGUUUCCCCCACAAUCCAAAGACAUGCAGUUAGGUUAACUGGCUAUUCUAAAUUGCCCAUAGGUAUGAAUGUGUGUAUGUGAUGGUUUUUUGGUCCAGUAGAAGGCAACAGGGAAGCCACUCCUGUAAUUGCCCCUAGAAACUCAGAUGGAACUCAGAGCAUAGAGAGAGAACAGGGAAAAGGGUUAUUGCACACUCAGAGCAGAGGUUGAGCACUUGAUGUGAUGUGCAUCAUGGGGAAGCCACAGCCUAAAGGUUACAAAAGCAGCUUUGGGACAAAAAGUUCAAUUUCCUGGACCAGCAGGAAUGACUGGAGUGCCCCUGAGUAAGAUACCUAGCCCCCAGCUGUUCCCCAGGCAGGGUACUGUUGUAUAUUGUUCUGGAUAAGAGCAUCUGCUAAAUGCCUGUAAUGUAAUGGCUCAGACGAACGGUCCAAGGCAGAACAAAAUGACCCACAGGUCAAAAACAGAACCCAGAGCAAAGUUCCAGUCAAGCAAAAGUCUAGGAUCCCACAACACACAAGGGCAAAAACUCACACAGAACCUUGAGUCCAGGAAAAAUACUGAAGAAAAAAAAAGACAAAGACUGAAGCCGACUGACCCUGUGUCCGAAAUUGCUCCCUACUCACUAUAUAGGGCACUAUAUAGUGGGGAUGCCAUUUUGUAGUGCUGUCCAAAACCUCAGUGAGGAUUAUUUACACCCUAUAUAGAGUACUCCAAGUAUCCCACAAUGCAUCAUGAAAAGGAGUGUACAAUAAUGGUCACUAACCAAAGCAAUAUAUCCCAUCAUGCGUUGCAGUCAUGCUGAAAGAAAUCAAAUUAAAAGUCUCAAAUUUGAUUUAAUAAAAGGCAGCAGCAAAGAAGUAAGUAUACAACCUUGAUUUAAAAAAAACUGAAAGAUGCAGGUACUUUGUAUUGAUUAAUGUGGGAAAUACACUCAGUAUAAUAUGUAUUUAUCACAAAAAUACAUGCAUGUAUUUAUUAUUUUGAAAACCCACCACCUGACUGAUUUGGCAGGUUUUAAUUGUGUGACAGUAAUGACAUAAAUACCAGCGUGACAGACUAGUGUUCAAAAGCUUUUUUGGGUUUUUUUUUUUUCAUUUUACCAAUGAGCUCACUAUAUAGUCCUCUAUAUAGUAAUUCCCUAUAUAGGGAGUAGUGAACGAGUGAGCGAUUUCAGACACAGGGUGAGUUAAAGUACUGUUGUUGAUUAACUAAUCAGCAGCAGGUGGGACUGGCCACAGAGUAAGAGCAGGCAGAGGUCUUGGGUAAAACACAGAGUGGCGUAACUUGCAGCACACCAGUCACCAGGAGCAAAAUUCAGGACCUGGAAGCCCUGGGCUGAACUGUGACAGAAUGUGAUUUGGUUCUUAUUAGUCAAGUAUGUAAAUAAAUGUAUAGUGCGGGAUUGUGUGCCCUUAACAACCACACAAUUUUACCCUUUAUAUUUAUCCUUUCUAGUUCAAGAGAUGAUGUUUAGCAAGUCACUAUUCUCUAACGAUGUAAUCUAUUGAUGUAAACCUACAUAUACUGUAGGUAAACCUACAUAUACUGUAAGUAAACCUGUGCUCUAACAUGGUAAAAUGAUUUUUUUUUAAAUUAAUGUAACAGUUACUAUGUAAUGUACCUUUUGUUGACACCUUGUACAAUUUUAUCUGGAUUUAACACAACCUAUGUUUUAUAUAAACAUACUGAUUAAUGUUAAUGUGUAAUAAAAUAAAUUUAUGGCAUACAGAUUAAAAUAUAUAAAUAGAGCCCACCUGUCAGGGAGUGGUAGUAGAUGGAUGCAAGUGCAGAACUGUUUAUUAAGAACAGUGUGACAAUCAGGCAAACAAUCCAAAUGGACAGACAAGCUCAUAAAUGUAAAACUAGCGAAAGGUCAGGCAAGGCACAAACAGACUAAAUCAGGCAAAAACAAAAGCAGAAAUGAGGAUCAGAAAACCAGGAAAUCUACACAGGGAAUAAGGCUCAGUAAUACUCAGUAACAUAAUGUAAUACUUUACACUGAAUGUGCAUAGACACAGUCCUUAUAUAGGAGAGUAGAUUAUGCCUUAAUCAUGUGCAGGUGAGCAUAGUUAACAGCGUGUGUGUGUGUGAGAGUCUGCUUGGCACACCCACAGUCCGGAGCAUGCCCAAGAAUCCCACUGGUGUGUGCACCAAAGUGUGCAGGACUGACAGACAUCCCUCCCCAAAAAAAGAGCUCCCUCUGGGAUCAAAAAUCCAUCCUACUAGGCCCUGGGGAUAAGGUCCUGAUGCUGGGUGCCAUGUCAUCGGCAUGUCACUCUGAGCCAACGUGGCAUCCGGACACUUGGCUCAGGUGGGGGCUUGGGCUCCAGCUCUGGACAUGAUUCGGACUCUGGAUCAGACUCAGGCUUGAGCUCUGAGCAUGGCUUGGACUCUGGAUCGGACUCUGGUUUGAGCUCUGAACAUGGCUUGGACUAUGGACUGGACUCAGGCGUGGGCUUGAGCUCUGUCUGUGCAUUGCUUCGGUCCUGGUCAGGAUCCAGUGGUGGGACGACAAUGUCUUCAGAGCCGGGCAGCAGUGGGACGAUGAUGUCUUCAUAGCCGGGUGGCGGCAGGACUGCCCCGUUGUCCUCUGGCACUGGCUCCGACGUUAGAGCUGACACUGGCAACAUCUCUGUCGCUGGCCCUGGUUCUAAGCUGCAGUUGACACUAGUACUGGCUCUGACUCAGGCACUGGCUCUGGCACUGACUCUGGCAUUGGCUCUGGCUCUGACUCUGGCACUAGCUCUGAUAGUGGCUCUGACUCUGGCACUGGCUCUAGGGCUGGCACUGGCUUAGGUGUUGUCUCUGGCACCGAAGCUGGCUCUGGCGCUGGCUCUGAAGUUGACCCUGGCUCUGAAGCUGGCUCUGGCUCUGAAGUUGACCCUGGCUCUGAAGCUGGCUCUGGUUCCGACUCUGGCGCUGGCUCUGGCACUGGAGCUGACACUGGCACUGAAGCUGGCUCUAGCAUUGGUUCAGGAUUUGGUUCGGGCACUGGGUCUUGCUCUGGCUGUGGUUCAGAUGCUGGCUCUGAUGCAGGCUCCAGCUCUUGCACUGGUUCUAGCUCUGGCUCCGGUUCAGGCACUUGUUCAGGUGCUGGGUCUUGCUCAGGCUGUGGGACUGGUUCUUGAACAAUGGCCUCUAGGAGAGGCUCUGGAGCAAUGGCCACUGCAUCGGCCGCUGCAUUGGCCUCAGGUGUGAUACCCCCAUGAAAUUUUUUGGGAGGGGGCACCUCCUUUUCUAAUGAUUUGUAGAUGAAAAUGAGCAUGUCUAGAAGUCUGUGAGCUCUGAAGACAAGAGUGCUCUACUCGGAUGAGGUGCUCCACCCAUUGGCGAGCUUUUCCAGCCAUCAGAGUGAUCAUAACACUUGCCCAGAUUGGUUCUGGUGGCUUAGGCUCCUUGAGGUCCGCAUAGGAAAUGCUACACUGCAGGCUGAAUCCCCUAGGAUGAUAUAUUCCAUAGUAUGGAGCCAGAAGGUCCAUUGCAAUAUGCUGCCAGAAAUAAUAGGCAAGGGGGUAAGAUAAGGAAACCCGGUAGAUGCGUGGAAUGGCAAACUGGAUAUCCUCUGCUGCAUCUAUUGUGGCAGCGGGGGCGUGGUCAAGCGUCGGUCUGUGAAUGGAGACCGGAGUCAGGGAAGGUAAGUGGUAGUAUCACUGCACCUGAUGUGAAUUAACCCACGUUUGUGUGUCUCCAACAGUGACCGCGCCCCAUAAAAGGAGAGAGAGAGCAGAGAAGGGGAGCUCUCUCCUGACCUGAAUGCGUGUGUGUGUGUGUGUGUGUGUGUGUAUGAGAGAGUAAGCCGAAAAGCUAUAUGUACAUACAAAAUAAAAAGUUCGUGAGAACUCAGUUCUGGCGUGCCGUGCUUCUGUGCUCCACCCACCUGCUCUGAUUUUACAUCCAUUUUUUGCUGAAGUAUUCUGUCAGGCAGUGGUAGUAGAUGGAUGCAAGUGCAGAAGUGUUUAUUAAGAACAGUGUGACAAUCAGGCAAACAAUCCAAAUCGACAGACAAGCUCAUAAACGUGAAACUAGCAAAAGUUCAGGCGAGCCACAAACAGACUAAAUCAAGCAGAGACAAAAGCGGAAAUGAGGAACAGAAACAAGGAUCAGAAAACCAGGAAAUCUACACAUGGAAUAAGGCUUGGUAAUGCACGCUAACGUAACAUCAUACUUUGCACUGAAUGUGCGUAGACACUGUCCUAAUAUAGGAGUAUAACUAUGCUCACCUGCGCACCUUAAUCAUGCGCAGGUGAGCAUAGUUAACAGCGCGCGUGUGAGAGUCUGCUCAGCGUGCGCAGUCCUGAGCAUGGCCGAGAAUCCCACUGGACUAACAUCACCAAUUGAUCUCUAACAUUUUCUGAAAGCUAACUAGGGUAAAUUAAAAAUGUAUACUCAGUAUUAUCUUUCCAUCAAACUACACUUGUAAUUUAACUACGUAACCUCCUGAGUUAUUGUUAAGUUUAAAUCAGAUAAUGCAGUAAAGACUAUAAAUUAGAUUAGAAUAGAUUAGAUAAAACUUUAUUGAUCCCUUUGGGCAGGUUCCCUCAGGGAAAUUAAGAUUCCAGCAGCAUCAUUACAGAUAAACAGAGAAAAGAAAUAGAGAAAACUUCUAGAUAAAUCUUAAUAAAACUUAUUCAAAGUUCAGUUAAACUAAUGAGAAAGGCAUGCAGUUAUGAGAGUGAGGAAUGUAUGUCUUGACCUACCAAAAACUCCUGGGAUUUCAAGGGGUGUUUCAAGGGAAACAAAUGAGUGCAAUAUUUUAAUUAGACUAUUUUUAAAUAUGAAUGCAUAUAGAGAUAAAUGAAAUAAAAUUGCACUGAAACUGUG